AUGCUCAAAACCACGUUUGGUCGCUAUGCUCAACGGCCCGUCCAUGGGCGUCCGCCAUUGUUCCGUGGCAGAUACAAGUUCGCUCGCUUUGCUGUAACCAGUUCGAUUGGUGUUAAAAUGGCGUUUACUCUCCGCUUUUCAGUUGCAACGAGUACCCGACCGCUCCGUCUACACCUUUUGUUCUGCUCGCUCGUCCGUCAGCCAUCUUUUCCCGUUUGGGAUAGUUACGGAAAACGUGUUUAUUGUUUAGUGUUAAACAUCGCGGUUGUUCGGCCAAUUAACUCGUAUCGCUCUUUUAUUGACUGUCGUCGUCCAGUCUGCUCUCGUCAAGUUCGUGACAAUCAGCUCCGAGUAGCUUUACCUACUCUACCAUACUUCGCGUCCACGUGCGCGGUUGAACGCUCUUCGCUCCACGACACGACGGUGCACAUGCUCGCACCCGUGUUCCAGAUACAGCAGCUCCACACCUACAGUUCACCAGCUCAAGACAUCGGCCAGGGAGGCAGCUCAGUCGGUGAUCCCCGUUUCCCCCCUGACUUAAUAUUGUAUUAUUGUAUAAUUGAAUUACCUACCUACUGUUCAUGUGGUAUACCUAACAAUACAUGCUCCUGA